AUUUGCCUCACAGAGGUUGUAGGCAACAAACCGGUCUAGUCGAGUCUACAUUACUGUUCUAUGAACCUUACAUAGAGUAACAAAUAGAAUGGAAAACACAUUAUAUUAGCAAACUUAGUGUGAUACAGUCGUGGGGAUAAGUAAAUCCGACCAAAAUGGAAGAAAUACCACAUCACCCGUUAAUAACGGUGACCCCAGAGUCAGUGAAGAAAGUGCGGCAAAUGUGUGAAAUAGAUGAUGUACAGAAGAUCAAGGAUUGCUUGGACAUCAUUGAGGAAUGGAUCAGUAAACAGGAUCAUCUUGUUGAAGCCAGCAAAUAUAUAACAAGGAAUCUUCUAGAACGAGUGUUCCUUAUAGCAAAGGGUUCCACAGAAGGCACAAAGCGAAGGAUUGAGAGACUGUUGACCUCGAGAGGAAUGAUGCCAGAACUCUGCAUGAACAGGACUGUUGAAGAGUUUGAAACACAGUGGGAUGUUGUGCACUACGUUCCCCUACCGAAGCUGCAUCCAGUAGACCAGUCCAGGGUAAUGGUGACCCAGUUCCUCACUGAGAAACUGGAUCCCUUCAGCAUCCUGUCAUACUUCAGAUACUGCUUUUUGAUCGGAGAGUACAGAAUCAACUACGACUACACACCGUCAGAGCGGUUCGUGAUCGAUCUCACAAACAUACACUUUGGUCUCCUCGGCAAAUUGAACCCUAUUACUAUCAAGAAAUCUGAAGUUUUAUGCACAGAAGGUAUUGGCACCAAGAUCAAGGGUAUCCACAUACUCAACGCACCUCCUUUCAUUGAUAAGCUGGUCUUCAUCCUCAAACAAGCCUUGAGAGAGAAGGUGGCGAACAGGGUCCACGUCCACAAUUCUUAUGAAGACCUUCAAAAGCAUAUUCCAAGGGAAAUUUUGCCAAAAGACUACGGUGGUGAUGACCAGUCGGUGGCGAAGUUGAGUGAACGAUGGAAGGAAACCCUGCGAACACCAGAGGCAAGACAAUUAAUAAAAGAUGCAGAAAAAUUGGUCAGUGAUGAAUCAAAACGACAGACAUCCAAAUUCAAUGAAGAAUACAUGGGAAUGCCUGGAUCGUUCAGAAAAUUAACCGUAGAUUAAGUUCCUAGUUCUUUUUAGUAUAUUAUUACUGAUCUUUCUGCUUUUGGAGAAUGUAAAAUGAAUAUUUAUGAUGUAAAAUACUUCCCAUACCAUAUAAGUUCUCGCGAUUGAUUUUG